AUGUCGAAUUUGUCAAAGCUUGAAUUUAUGGCACUUGACAUCUCUGGAAAUAACUAUUUGCCAUGGGUACUUGAUGCUGAAAUUCACCUUGACGCUAAAGGUCUUAGUGACACUAUUAAAGAAGGAAAUGAAGCAUCAAGUCAGGAUAAGGCGAAAGCCAUGAUUUUCCUUCGCCAUCAUCUUGAUGAAGGGUUAAAAAGUGAAUAUUUAACCUUGAAAGAUCCAUUUCAAUUAUGGACUAGUUUAAAGGAACGAUAUGACCACCUAAAGGCCAUAGUAUUGCCAAGAGCUCGUUGUGAGUGGAUGCACUUACGACUACAAGAUUAUAAGACCAUAAGUGAAUAUAAUUCUGUUGUAUAUAGAAUAAUUUCCCAACUAAAAUUAUGUGGGGAACCUAUGAAUGAUGAGGACAUGCUAGAAAAGACUCUUUCCACUUUUCAUGCCUCAAAUAUGGUGUUACAGCAGCAAUAUCGUGAAAAGGGCUUUAAGAAAUAUUCUGAGUUAAUUUCAUGCCUUUUGGUGGCUGAACAACAUAAUUGCCUUUUAAUGAAAAAUCAUAAAGCCCGCCCCACUGGAUCAGCUCCUUUCGAGAAGCGAAUCUGGGAAUGA